AUGGACCCCAAGCCUCCUCUUCUUCCAGAGGUAGAAACAGAAGAUACGAGCCACUACCUGGAUUAUGACUUAAAUGGAACGUUCGUUGUUAGCAAGGGGUCCAAAAUUGCGUACAUGCAACAGGGCAGCGGACCAUCAUAUGUGGUGCACAUGCGCAUGAACGGUACUGCCUUUUAUGUUGGAGGCGGCGGCCCCGAUCAACACCCCAGCUAUUCUACGUUAAUGGAAAAUCUCAGCUCGUACCCAUUCGACCAAACGUCAAUGUCCAUGAUCAUAGCCCUCAGCAUGUGCUUCGUCAUUGGAUGGUCUGUAUGUGUCGCCUCGUUCAUUUCCCGAAAGGACCGACCACUUCUGCAGCUUUUCACAUUUCUUUACGUUGCGGUCGUUAUCACAUUGCAUUUUGGUAUCGGGCUCAAUUUCUGGUACUACCAAAACUCUCUGGGCUAUCUCAGCGGCAGGGAGUGGUUCGAGACAAAGCUCGCAGGAAGUCCUGCUCUUACUGGGCUUCUUCUCAGCUGCUUCACCCUGGUCUUGUCGGUCGAAGUACAACUGCUGACUCUCGUGCUCAAACAAAAGUGGCUCAAGAGAGCGCUGUGGGGGCUCGGAUCACUGUUUGUGGUGGUGGACACAGUUCUGUGGGCGCUAUCGUACACCAACUCCUGGGAGACCGUGAAGCUCCCAUACUACCUCGAAGUUUGGAGUGGGUUCGAAGUCUCGAUGCAGGUGAUGAUGUUUUGUGUCGUCACAAUUUGGGCAAUAGGAUGUUACAGGUUUGCGUUCGAGCCUCAGAGCUUGGGUAUCGCCAUAUUGUCACUCCUCGGCUGUAUAGCACCCAUCGUGACCACUUCACUCAACUUUGACAGUCACAUUUACUAUGUUUAUUUAUUAGCAACUUUGUGUGCUCGGUGCUGGGCCUGCAUGAUGGUAUUCCAAUGGAGCAGCGCGGUCAAGCACGGCAUUCUCAAACAGCGAACGACAGGUAGUCUUGGAGCCCAAAUCAGCAAACGAUCAGCGUCAUGCUAUGAUCUCAGUGGCGACGGCACGGCAGCUGGUGAUUCCUCGGAGAUUGCUCGAUUUGGUCAUCUACUCCAAAAACCGUUCGGUGAUGGCUACCACAUCCGCAGUGUCACCGUCGAGACAAGAGAGCGAAAAUCGUUUGAAGACGAAACGACUCAAGACCUGCCUGUUCAUACUUAUCCUCUUUGUUCAGCGGUAACUCGAUCGUCGGCCCCAACUACCUCAGAGCCCCUUUCGGCACCUGCUUCACCCCCUGCCCAGCAUGGGUCACCGCCACCCAUAAUAGGCCCGGGUCCGUCAAAUAUACCCGGAAGCUCGGGCAAUGCUGGGCUGCCUGGUAUAGACGAGGCAGAGAUCGAAGAGGACCUGCCGGACUUUGUCCCCCAUCCGCGAUUCCAUCGCGCGGACUACUGGGAUGAGAAACGAAAUGUUCAUUUUUAA